CCCCGGCCGCCGUCCCGGCCCCGGCCCCGGCCGCUCGCCAGGCCCAGACCCCGCGCCCCCGCGCCCCCGCCCAGGACCGGCCGCGCCCCAGGCCCGCCGCCGCGCCGCCAUGGGGGUGGAGGGCUGCACCAAGUGCAUCAAGUACCUGCUCUUCGUCUUCAAUUUCGUCUUCUGGCUGGCCGGAGGCGUGAUCCUGGGCGUGGCCCUGUGGCUGCGUCAUGACCCGCAGACCACCAGCCUCCUCUACCUGGAGCUGGGCGACAGGCCUGCACCCAACACCUUCUACGUAGGCAUCUACAUCCUCAUCGCCGUGGGCGCCGUCAUGAUGUUCGUGGGGUUCCUGGGCUGCUACGGGGCCAUCCAGGAGUCGCAGUGCCUGCUGGGCACGUUCUUCACCUGCCUGGUGAUCCUCUUUGCCUGUGAGGUGGCCGCCGGCAUCUGGGGCUUUGUCAACAAAGACCAGAUCGCCAAGGACGUGAAGCAGUUCUACGACCAGGCCCUGCAGCAGGCGGUGGUGGACGACGAGGCCAACAACGCCAAGGCUGUGGUGAAGACCUUCCAUGAGACGCUCAACUGCUGUGGCUCCGACGCGCUGGUCACCCUCACCACCUCCAUCCUCAAGAACAACCUGUGUCCCUCCGGCAGCUCGCUGUUCAGCAACCUGCAGGCGGACUGCCACCAGAAGAUCGACGACCUCUUCUCCGGGAAGCUGUACCUCAUCGGCAUCGCGGCCAUCGUGGUCGCCGUGAUCAUGAUCUUCGAGAUGAUCCUGAGCAUGGUGCUCUGCUGCGGCAUCCGGAACAGCUCCGUGUACUGAGGCCCGGCCCGCUGCCCGGCCCGCUGCCCGAGGCCUGGGCGUCCGAGGAGGGCGGGCUCGGCCUGUGUAGAUAACCGUCCUGGUAUUACUCUGCUACACUUACUAGCCUUUUUACUUUUGAGGUUUUGCUCCCCAUUACCUUUUGGGGCUGACAUCACCUGUAGGUGGCAUAGGAGUAGGCCUUGGGGACUGCAGGGCAGGGUCCCCUCUGCUUCUGGGCCACGUGGGGGCUCUGCCCGCUCAGCCAGGCCUCUCGGGGCCGAGAGCACCUGCCGCCCGCCCGCACGCCCACCCCCAAAGGCUCCGCCUUUUUUAAUCCUCGUUCCCUUCCUGCCACCGGCCUCAGAGCUGGGUCUGUGAGCAGCCUCUGCCUUCGACACACCUGUCCUUUCUAACGGCACCUUUCAUUGUAACUACAUCUCGAAAGUCACUUAAUAAAGGAGGAGAGACUAGGCAUGCUAACACA